AUGGACAGCCCCAUCUCUGCUGAUGUCAGGCUUUCCCGGGAUAAAGAGAAAGCCCACAAGCUCCUCUUGGUCUCCUUCGAUGGAUUCCGGUGGGAUUAUGACCAGGACGUAGACACACCAAAUAUGGACAACUUGGUGAAGGAAGGAGUGAAGGCCAGAUAUGUAAUGCCUCCAUUUGUGACUAUGACCUCUCCUUCCCAUUUCACAUUAAUCUCUGGCCGCUGGAUCGAAGACCAUGGCGUCAUUCAUAAUAUGAUGUUCAACACAGAAACUCUGAGGAAGUGGAGUCACAAGGAAACACAGAACAAGACUGAAUGGUGGGACAAUGGAGUACUCCCGCUGUGGAUCACAGCUCAGAACCAGGGGAAAAAGACAGCUUCAUUUCACUACCCAGGUGGGGGCGCCAAUUACAGUGGCCAGGCUGUCAACAGAAGCCUUGUUGAAUCCUUCACUCACCCGGACAGCAAUGAGACCGAAUGGAGAGAGAACAUCGAUAUCGUCAUGAAGUGGUUCACAGAAGAAGACUUUGAUUUUGUCACCCUGUAUUACGGGGAGCCCGAUAGUGUAGGGCACAAGAUUGGCCCGGAGACCGAAGCUCGGAAAACAAUCAUCCAACAGAUCGAUCGAACCAUUGGCUACCUGGUGGAUGCCAUUGAAAAACACGGCUUGAGGGACACCCUCAACGUCAUUAUCACAUCCGAUCAUGGCAUGACCACAAUCAAGAAGAAGCCACAAGUCGAAGAGAUCAUGUUAGCCAACUACAUUAAAUUCAAGGAUCUGGUGAAGUUUGACAUCCUGGAUUAUGGGGGGUUUGGCAUGAUACUACCCAAGCCAGGGAAAGAAGAAGAAAUCUAUCAGGCACUUAAAAAUGCCCAUCCUCAUCUCAAGGUGUACAAGAAAGAAGAGUUUCCUGAGCAAUUCCAUUACGCUAGACAUGAGCGAAUUCUGCCAAUCUUGCUUUAUGGAGAUCCUGGUUACAGUGUGAAUGGGAGGUUUAUCCUCUAUGUCAACAAAGGUGAUCAUGGUUUCGACAAUGAAGACAUGGACAUGAAGACCAUCUUUAGAGCUUUCGGCCCCGAUUUCAAGAAGGACUACUUAGCAGAGCCCUUUGACAGUAUCCACAUCUACCCACUGAUGUGUCAACUUCUGGGAGUCCAACCAGAGCCCAAUAAUGGAUCCUUGGUAUUUACUCAGGAUAUGCUCAAUACCCAACAACCUCCUUCCACAUCAUCCAGGAAAUUUCUUCUUCCCAUUCUCCUAAGUGUUGUGGUUGUUGUUCUGCUACUUCUGAUACUUAUUUCAGUUGUGGUCCACAGGACCAUUCAGCAGAAGAAGAGGCGAAAAGACAACUGCCCAGGAGAAAUUAAGAAGACGGGGUUGCCAUCCACUGCCUUAUGAUGAAUACUCUUCGUUUUCAGAGAAGACAAUCUGGUAACUUCCUUCCAACAAACCUCCAGCAAAAUGAAGGAGUCAGAUGGUAGAGCCUUGAACUAGUUGAAUGGACUGUACCAUUUUUGGUCGCAGGUGGUGGGGAAAUCACACAUGCAGAGCAACUCUAUGUAUACUUACUCAGUAGUAAGUCCCACUAUAUUCAAUGGGGCUUACUCCUAGGGGUAUGUGUAUGGCGUUGCCAUCAAAACAGCCUGUGCAAGUAGAAAGCUAGCAUAGCAGUGAGAUGGCUGAUUCAGAACUUUCCUCCUUCAUAUGCAAGCUUCCUUUCAGGCAGUUGCUUUUAAGUGCAUCUGAAA